AGCAAAAAUUGUUAUUCUCGAUGUAAAACGCGUUAAAAAUUUCAUUUAAAACGCGAUUGAAAGUGCAAGCGAUAGUUAAACGGCUUAGAAAUGGUUCGUGUAUGAAGUGCACGUGCAGCGAAUGCAUUAGAUAUCAAAAUCAAAUAUUUUCAAUGGCACAAUAAAAACACACUCACAUAUUUACGUACAUACAUACAUAUAUACAUGCAACCCACACACAUGUGAACGCGUGUAAAGCAUAGAAACAGCAACAGAGCUAGCAACGAAAACGUAUGCAAAGUGAAACAAUAAAAAAGUGAUGUAUGUACAUUUGUGUUUGUUUUGGUGUGUGUAUACAUAUGUAUGCAUAGGCAAACAUUAAUUGAUAAAACAUUGAACUAAAACAAAACAAGCAACUGUAGCCGAUUCUGCGCUAGGAGUUCAACACAGAAUCAAACGAACGGGACCACCAGCCGCAGUAACAAAAACAACAUUAACAGAAACAGAAACAACAUUGUUACAAACGAACGACACUCGCACUCGUGGCUGUUCGUCGUCAUUGCCCCCAAACGUCAAACGCUGGGCACAACAAACGCAAAAUACAGAAAAGUUUUUGUUGCUAAAAAUAGCAACAAAUAGACAAAACGCGUUGACGCAGGCUAAGAGGCGGACAGCAGGCUACAGGCGAGCAGGCUGACUAUACCAAUACGCUCUCUCGUUGCGAUUACUACCAUUACUCUGUGUAGGCAGGCACAACAGCAACAAAACAACGCGCGCCAAAUCCCACACUAAUAAAAAUUGCUUAAAUAAAACCAAUACUUCAAAACAAUCUAACAACAACAACAAUAAAAAAAACAAAGAAAACAAAAACUGAAUAAUUUCUGCUUUUCAAAAUUUUGUUGUGGACGCGCGCAUUCGUUUCAAUUUGUUAGUUUUUGCUCAUUGUGUGGAACAAAUUAUAAACAAUCGAGAGCGUGCAGCAAAAGUGCACAACAAUAAGUAACGAUAUCAGAGGAGCAGUGCAAGAGCAACAGAAACAGCAACAAUAAUAAUACCAAUACCAACAUAAUCAUUAUCAGUAUCAGCAACGGCGCGGGCAAAGCAAUUUAAAAACUAUGCUCUUAAAAUAUACAAAAACCAGUGGAGCUAGCGGCGCAGGUUCCAGUUCAUCAUCCAUACAAGCGACCGCGACGUAUGUCGCACGAGGAACAGGCAUGCGUAUGACCAUGUCGACAAACUCAACCAUGAGUCCGCGCAUACAUCGCAAAGGUUUUCGCAUACCAUCAAAAAGACAGCCGGGCAAAGGACUGCCAGGCAAACUGCACACCAUAACAAGGACCGGCCCUGGGAAAUUGGUGCCCGGAAAGCGAAUACCACAACGUCCACAUCCACCGCCCUGUGAUAACUCGAACGAUAGCGGCCUAGGCUUUGAUCAGCACGUUGAGCUGCAAAAUGGCAGCAGCAGUAGUAGCAGCAGCAGCAGCUGUGGCAGCGGCAGCAACAGCAGUGGCAGCAACAACAGCCAGCAGACAAAUGUCGUUGUUGAUGCCUUAAACAACGGCAACUCGUUGACAUCGACGGUUGCUGCUGCCGCUGCCGCGGCUGCAGCAGCUGUGGCCAGCAACACGCUGCAGCAACAUCAACAGCAACAACAACAACAGCAGCACCAGCAGCAACAACAUUCACCGCAGCAGCAUUUAAUACGCGCGAUACCUGUAUCAAGAUUCAUCUCGACGCGUGGCGUGACACGCGUGGCCAACAAGCGGCAGCCAACAACGCCACUGAAUAGCAUCGCCAGCUCAAAUGAUGGCCUUGUCCAGCUGGAGAUCGUCUCGCAGCCGGAGCAACAGCAUCGUGCACGCUAUCAGACCGAGGGCAGUCGCGGGGCUGUUAAGGAUCGCAGUGGCAACGGAUUUCCCAUUGUCCGUUUGACCGGCUACGAGAAGCCGGCUGUAUUGCAGGUCUUCAUCGGCACGGACAUCGGUCGUGUGGCCCCCCACAUGUUCUAUCAGGCGUGUAAAGUGGCUGGAAAGAACUCCACGCAGUGCAAUGAGAAGAAAGUGGACGGAACCAUGGUUAUUGAGAUUGAUUUUAAGCCGGAAACAGAAAUGACUAUAACCUGCGAUUGCGUUGGCAUACUGAAGGAACGCAACGUUGAUGUGGAGCAUCGCUUUCCGGAACAUUUGGCGCAAAAGAACAAAAAAAAGUCAACUCGCUGUCGCAUGGUCUUUCGCACUCAACUAACACGCGACGAUGGUAGCAGCGAAACGCUACAGGUUUGCUCGAAUCCCAUCAUAUGCACCCAGCCACCUGGAGUGCCAGAAAUUUGCAAAAAGUCGCUUAAUUCUUGCCCCGUCGAUGGCGGUCUCGAGUUGUUUAUUAUUGGCAAGAAUUUCCUAAAGGACACGCAUGUGGUAUUCCAGGAGACGUACGACAGUGUCAAUGCCGAUGAUCCGGCAACGGAAAUAGCUGUACGCCAGCAACUGAUUGGUGGUACCGCAGCCCUCUGGGAACAGAGUGUGUUACCAGACAAGGAGUAUUUGCAUCAGACGCAUCUAAUAUGCACGGUGCCACCAUAUUUGCAUCCGAAUGUGCUGAAGCCGGUUACUGUGCAGGUUUCGAUCAUAUCGAGUGGAAAGAAGAGUGAGCCGCAUACCUUCACCUACACACCCAAAGGCAGUUAUACGACACUAGCGGCGGCCAGCACGUUAAGUAGCACAAUCCAUGCCCAAGAUGUCACCAGCUAUAUGGAUACGAGCAGUGCUCCGGCUGGCGGCACAGCGGCCUGGUCGACGAAUGCUGCCGCUGCUGCUGCCGCCGCCACAGGCGUCGUUGUGGAAACGAAGCAUGAACUCGACUCGGGUAUGAUGCCACCACCGAUAACAACACAAAUUCCGAUGGGGAUGCGUCGCUCCUCCUUGCCCAGUGCCACGCCCAUGAUAACCGAUCAGCAGCUGGCCCAUCUGAGCGCUGUGGCCAAUGCAGAGGCCCUAAAGAGCGAACUACUUGACGAGAGCAGUUCCCAUAGCCCGCUAACAAGCGAUACGUUGCAUUCGCCCGAGACGCUGAAUCCCUGCAGUCCCAAUGCGGUCCCAUUGCAAUAUCAUGCACGCUACGCCCGGAAAAACAGCAUGGAUACCAUCAUGUACGAUCAGUCGAAUAGCUUGUCCGGUUUUCCGGUGCCCGCCAGCGCAGCUGCCGUCGCUGCUGCCGUGGACAUUGAUCCAGCCGCCGUGGCUGUGGCUGUCGAACUGGCCGUGAAGAAUGAGAUUGUCAAGCAUGUGGUGCAGCAGCAUCAGCAGCAUCAGGCCGUCGCGGCUGCAACAGCACCUCAGCAACAGCAACAGCAGCAACAACAACAAGCCGCCAAUGUGCACAAGUUCAUCGAUGAUCUGACCAAAUCGACAUCGAUGGUCACUAGCAAUGGCACCACCGAACCGGCAUUAUUCACCUCAUCGGCCGUCAUAGAUCAUGCACUGACCGAUAUAUUGCAGCAGGAGGUGGCGGUGUUGACCCACUCGCCGCCCACAGCUGCGCCCACUGUGCUGGAGCGCAGUCUCUCAAUGUCCAGCAGUAAUUCCAAUUCCUCUCUAACCGGCAGCGAUGCCUCACCACCACUUAGCGGUGGUGGUGGCAGCGCUUCCGGUGGCUCGCCCAUCACCCAGGACAUCAUACUCAACUCGGAGCCGGCCGCAGCCUUGGGUGCCCUGCCCCUACAACAGAUAUUGCCUCCUAGCAAUGGCACCGUAGAUCUAUCGCCAUGUGUGGAUGUGCCAGGGGUGGCUGCUGCCGCCGCCGCUCUCUCAACCGACAUUAUAAUGAACCCUGCUGUCUCGCCAUCCACGAUACUUUGCUCGGCAAAUGGCGCCGCCACCGCGGUGGUGCCAAACAUCAUGGCACCACAUCAGGUGACCAUGGCGAAUUCGAUAUUAAAUGAUAUUGCCAUGCAAGCGGAGCCGACGCAACAGGAUGCGGCUGUUGCUGCCAUCGCUCUCAGCAACAUUAUGAUGAGUCCGCCAAAUAGUGGCUCCGUCGUGGACGCCUUGCCACCCACCCCGGCAGCGCUUCAGCCGGAGGUGGCAGCUACGGCCACCUCAACAGCGGUUAGCAACUUAAUUAUAAAGGCAGCUGCGGAUUUUAUUACCACACAGGAGCAGCAACAUCAUCACCAACAACAGCAGCAACAUCAUCACCAACAGCAGCAACAACAGCAUCAACAGCACCAGCAACACCAGCAACACCAGCAACACCAGCAGCACCAACAGCACCAACAGCACCAGCAGCACCAGCAGCAGCAGCAACAACAGCAGCAACAAGGUGUGCCAACAACCACCAAUGCGGACCCGCUGGUCAACCUGUUGCUCAACCACAGCUCAGCGCCCGAAGCAGCAGCUGAGGCAGCCGGCUAUACAUCGUUGUCCGCCCACUUGCCCGUCGUGCCCACCACACAACAAGAAUCUCUCAUUGUCGCCCUGGCCACCGAGAAUGCGCUACAAAAGUCAGUCGCCACAGCAGCUGUGACCACCCAUGGCGCUGUGAUGACGCAGCAAGCAUCGGCCCCAACCACAGCAGGCAGCAUUUUGCCGGCCGCUGUAGGCGCAGUGGCGGCAGCGGCGGCUGCUGCGGUGCCACUCCCACCACCCAUACCACAGGAGCUGACCUCAAUGUCUGAUCAGGAUCUAAUCAGCUAUAUUAAUCCGAGCACCUUCCUUUAAAUGGCUGCUCUAAACAAAUUAUGGUGAGACCGUAUUUUUUUGUUUUUUUUUUUUCAAGGAAAACUCCUACACAGGCGUAGUUUUAAGCAUAGGUUUAAAGAAAAUAAAAACACACAUAUUACACAUAAACAUGAAAAAAACAAUAGAUCAUGAGAUCAUAAGUGUCGGUUUCAAACGCUGUUUUCUAUUACAAUGUGGACCAGAAGGUCAAAUUUUUUGUUUGACCUUGACCUGCAUAGGUACCACACCCGAGACUCUAGAGACUUGGCAAAGAGUGCAAAAUCUUAGGAACGCUUCCAAAAUUUGUAAAUCCAGCACAGAAUAGAAGCACACGAAUACAAGCAUCCAUACAUACAUACCUACAUAUGUUUAGAUACUAAGGCCUUAUCGAUAACUUUUUGGUUUUUGAAAUGCUUGCACGAAGCAAAAGUCAAAUUAUCUCAAAAAUGAAAAGAAAGGAAAA